CACUCUGCGGAAAAGUGAGGAGUGGUAGACUACAGUGCGCCUCGUCCAUCCGCCGUGCCCUAGUCUUUUUGGUAUGCACAGCAUCGCUCCGCUGCAGCUCCCAUUUAACGCCUUAACUAACUGACUAAUGGCUACUUGGGAUAACACCGAGUCGUCAUACUGCGACAAAGACUUAUAAAUAUAUACAGAAACCACUGCGUUUCACCUGCAAGGCGAAGGACAUAGACAGGUUUUCUCCUCUCUGCUGUGGCCGCGCUCGUGAGACUGCUGCGUGCACGCGUCGUUUCCUUGGAUACUACGUGAAGCGCUCGUGCCUUAUUUGCCUUUUUCCCGCUCUGCGGUCCUUCGCUUCAAACAACCUGCCGUGAAGCUCGAGGUGCUCCUGGAGGAGGCGAGGACACACCCAAGUACUCUAUCUUCUCUCCACCUUUCCUCCUUCCACGCCAGAGAAAGACACGGCCAGUAUUAAGAGCAUUUAGACGAAUCUUUGGCAUCUCCAUCACACCGGUGCUCUCCUCACCACAGGAACUCCUGGACACUUCCUGACAUCUAGAAUAAAACCGGCAGUGGAAGUUUAUUCUUAGAGGGAAUCCUCUGGGAACACACUGUGGCAUUAAACACCCCCUUGUCAGACUUCACCCUCCAUUUUCCUCACACUGUGGUGUCUGGCUCAGGUGAAAAGUGCAGGCCUCACCCUCCUGCAUAAUGACGGUGGCAACAGGAGAUCCCUCAGAUGAGGCAGCAGCACACCCAGGCCACCCUCAGGACUAUGACGCUGAGGGAGAACAGGAAUGCUGUGAAAGAGUUGUCAUCAACAUUUCAGGCCUGCGCUUUGAGACACAGCUCAAGACCCUCUCGCAAUUUCCUGAGACGUUGCUUGGUGAUCCAAAAAAGCGAAUGAGAUACUUUGACCCUUUAAGGAAUGAGUAUUUCUUUGAUAGAAACCGACCAAGCUUUGAUGCCAUCCUCUACUACUACCAGUCCGGAGGAAGGUUACGGCGCCCUGUAAAUGUGACACUGGAUAUAUUUUCAGAAGAAAUUCGGUUUUAUGAGCUUGGAGAGGAGGCUAUUGAGAUGUUUAGGGAGGAUGAAGGGUUCAUAAAGGAAGAGGAGAGGCCUUUGCCUGAUAAUGAAUUUCAGAAGCAGGUCUGGUUGCUGUUUGAGUAUCCAGAAAGUUCAGGACCAGCAAGGAUUAUAGCUAUCAUAUCUGUCAUGGUGAUUCUUAUUUCUAUAGUCAGCUUCUGUCUAGAGACUCUACCUAUAUUCCGUAGUGAUGAAGAGAAUAUGCAUAAAGUCCAAACAUAUAAUAGUAACUCCACCACAAACUAUGUGUCCACCUCCUUCACUGACCCUUUCUUCAUCCUGGAGACGCUCUGCAUAAUCUGGUUCUCCUUUGAGUUCCUGGUUCGGUUCUUCGCCUGCCCCAGUAAAGCCAGCUUCUUUGUGAACAUAAUGAAUAUGAUUGAUGUGGUGGCUAUUAUCCCCUACUUCAUUACACUAGGAACAGAACUGGCAGAGAAAGCAGAGGAUGGCCAGCAAGGGCAGCAGGCCAUGUCUUUAGCCAUCUUGCGAGUCAUCCGACUAGUGAGGGUGUUCAGGAUCUUCAAGCUUUCACGUCAUUCCAAGGGACUCCAGAUUCUGGGGCAAACCUUGAAGGCCAGCAUGAGAGAACUUGGUUUGCUUAUCUUCUUCCUCUUCAUUGGAGUCAUCCUCUUCUCCAGUGCUGUCUACUUUGCUGAAGCAGACGAACCUGAGUCCCAGUUCUACAGUAUCCCAGAUGCCUUCUGGUGGGCUGUGGUUUCUAUGACGACUGUUGGCUAUGGAGAUAUGGUACCCACUACCAUUGGAGGCAAGAUUGUUGGUUCCCUUUGUGCCAUUGCAGGAGUGCUGACCAUUGCCUUGCCAGUGCCUGUUAUUGUCUCAAAUUUCAACUACUUCUACCACCGUGAAACAGAGGGUGAGGAGCAAGCCCAAUAUCUGCAGGUUAACACCCCCAAAGCUGAUUCCCAAGAAGAACUGAAAAGAAGUCAAAGUGGUUCUACCAUCAGCAAAUCUGACUAUAUGGAGAUCCAAGAAGGAGUCAACAACAGUAAUGAGGACUUCCAGGAGGAGGACCUCAAAAAAGGCAAUUGCACUUUGGCCAACACAAACUAUGUGAAUAUCAAAAAAAUGCUGACUGAUGUAUAAUCAACUGAGAUUAUGUUUUUGGAAAGUGAGAGUAAGGGAGAUGGCAGCUUCAGUUUGCAAAAGUUCUGAGGCUUUAAAGCUUUAAAGGAUUAAAGAGGAUCACGAUAAGUCAGAACCUCUGCUACUGAUAUGAAAUUUUCUGUUCUGCUCAGAAUUUCCAAGAUCAGCCCAGCCCUCUAUGUAAGAUCGUCUUCAUAUUCAAACAAUCAUCUGAGUGUGCAUGCAAUUCGCUUUCAUUUCUAAGACUCUCACUGAAAAAUCAAACUUCCCAUAACAGCAGAAACUGUAGAAACUAGAGGAGGAUGAAGAAACAACCUAACUAAAAGGGUUAACAACUUUAUGUCUCCAAAAAACAACUUUGUACCAUGUAUGUAUCAUCACAGCAUAUCAAGCCCUCAAAGUUCAGCUACAUCUCUUUGCUUCUCCAAAGAAAAUAUUGUUGUGCUUCUUCUGCUGUAAGGAAAACAAGGCCUCAUGGGGAGUGUAAUAAUAAUGAUAUAAGAUUAUGAGAACAAAGACUUCCUCCAUUGUUGCUGCUGCUUGUCAUAGAUGUCUGACAGAAGUCAUAUUUGAACAUGAUAAACACAAUGCACUCAUAUUCAAUUAGCUCAAAGCAUUUAAAACAGUUUUUAUUAUGGUUAUCACUAUUUUCCUCCAGACUGAAAAUGUCCUGUAACAUUUUUGUUUUAAAAACCAUGGUCUACAACGGUAGCCUACAUGUAUCUGGACAACACUAAUAUCUAUGCUCUCAUGAAACCAAGGUUUAUUGCAAAGCUUUCAAGACAGACUGAAAGUUUCUGUGCCAUAUUUUAUGUUCAUGAUAAUGCUAGUUAAUCAAAUUUAUGCAGUGUGUAUGUAUAUCAUCUUUUUAUUGAUACAAUCUAUCAUACAGACCAGAUUAUGCUGUUGUUUGCUGAAUAACCUUGGGUUAAGGUCAGCUCUAAGCUUUGGUUAGGAAAACAGUAAGACUGACCUAAGCUUGCACCAAUUACAGUUACACCAAUACACAAUAUGUUUAAUAGUGAGAACUAAUGAUCUUAUUCAAUCACACCCCAAAACCUAUCUGUGAAUAUCCUUAGAACACAAGCUGCCUGUACCAAUGAUGAUAUUGUAGCAAAAUUCAUGUAGUGUGACAGUGAUGUGAUUAUGGAGCGAGGUUACAAUGGUACCACAGAAAUGAGCAGCUAGCGUUGUGUUGUAUUUCAGCUCGCAACAUUCUGAUCAUUUCAUUACUUUUUCUAAAGAGAUGGUUGAUAUACAAUUUACCUGGGAAGUAAACAAGCCAUAUCUACUUUACACUGUAAUAAAGCUUAGCAAAUAUUUAGCCAAUUGAUAUAAAAAAAAUUGGUAGCAUUAAUAUCAAUACAUUAAUUAUUUUAUUAUCAAUUAUCAAUAUUAAUUAUUUUAUGCAGUGACUAAUUUUAGAUUUGCUUAUACUUUCUUAAAUAAUUUCAUUUGUAAGGAGAGGCCUGAUAGAAAUUUUUAGACAUACAUCGGGGUCCAGAAUUCCAUGAUUUUUUUUUUCAUUUAAAAUUGGAAAUAAACAGAAGGUUUUGAAAUAUUUAAAACACAGAAAGUAAAUGUUCAAUAUCUUGAAUAUUUAAUAUUCAAGAUUCUGCACUAUUUCUAGGUCCCUAUUUAAAUGUAAGCAAAUUUGUGAUAUUGACAAUGCUUUGUAGAAAAGAUCAGAUUUUCCUCAUGCCUAAUCUCCUCUAUUGACGUAUGUGUUAAGAUAACACUCCAAUGGAUUUGAUCUAAACUGGAUCAUCAGGUUUUACACAAACUUGUGGAGUCCAUGCCAGCUCGAGUGCACCGUGUCAUUAAAGCAAAAAGGGGACAUACCAAAUACUACCCCCUGAAAUUCUGAUAUAAUCUAAAAUUCUAAUAUAAUCAGUAAUAUAAUUUGGAAUGAAAAUUGUUGUAUUAAAUUAGAAAAGAAUGCAAAAUAGAAGCAUUUUCGCUAGAGGUCUCAGAGUUUUGGACCCCAUUGUAUGUCUAGUAAGUUUAUUGUGUGUACUGUAUCCUCUGUAAAAUGAUGGUUCUGAGCUGCUUUCAGGUUGUUUUUUUUUUAAUACUUUGGCUGUCAGAGACAUUGGGAUGCACACAGUGACCUUUUAAGUAGUGGCAGAGCAGCAGUACAUGACUAGAAUGACUUAACGGUACACUGCAGUAGCUGCAGCUGCAGCGUCCCAUUCCUCAUAGCAUCAGUUGACCUUACCAGUGCAUCUUCAAACAAGUGAUUGAUAGAUGCAUGCAUAGAUAGAUACAUGUUUACUUAGGAAGAGACUAUAAAUCCGUAUAUAACAUUAGAGCUUGGCAGAUAUCAGUGACACUGAGAGGGACACAAAGCCGUAUAACUUUCAUAUCGGUCAUACUGAGGUCAUACUGCGGUAGCCUGAGCUUUUUUCCUAAGGACAGUAGCUCUUUUACUUUCUUGUAAGAGUCUUACAAUGGCAGCUAGUGCAGAAUGGGUACAGCUGGAUACAGUAUGUCAGAGUAAUCCUUUUUGGUCGUUCGAACUUCCAAAGUGGCACUCAAGGCUGCUUAACCAGUGCUUUGAGCUUCAAUGUAUUUUUGUGGUUUCAUCUUCUGUUGUUUGCCAGAAAAUAAUGGAGGUGAAAUAUUUUAGUGUAGCACUCAUCUUAUGCAUAUGGUGCAUCGUUUUUCUUUGUUACUUUCCGAAACACAGGCUGUAUGUUCUGACGCUUAAAAAAGUGUGGUAAAAGAGGCAGAACUCUUCACAGCUGCUAGCUGUCAUCCAUGUUUUAGCUAGAAGUGCAUUCCUGUAAAAUUAAUUUUUGGUCAUUUGCAUUCAAGACUUUAGGUAUAGGUUAAAAUAAAAAAAAAAAGAGAAAAAACCUGGUGUAUGCACACUGUACAUAGCCAGUGCCUAUACGAUUUACAUGUAAUAACUUUAAUGCAAGCAGACAUGGAGCUUUAUUCUAUGCAUGGAAAGGUAUGCAGAAAGAAUGUAUCAUCCCAUUUCCUGCACACUGGAUGUUUUAUUUCUUUUGUUUCAUUUUCACCUGGAAGCAUCAUGUGUUGGACCUGAAAAUGAAAAAUAUAUCUCUGUGAGUAAAGUUUUCCUCAUUGCACUUUUAAAAAGCAGAUUUACAAACCACUGCCAUCAUAGGGUUUGGAUUUGUUUUUGUUUUUUUUUGUUUUGUUUUGUUUUUUUUUUGGUUUUUUUUGGAGCACUGAAUGUCUUAAGCAAUUGUUAUUAUAAGCAUCUUACGAUCAUUCCAUUGCCAAGGACUGAAAGGAUGCAAACAGUCACCUCUUAUUCUAUUGUAUAUUUAUGUAUACAAGACUGAAUGUUAAUAUGAUAUAUCAAGCUUUACUGAGAUAUGUAAGUGCAAUAUAUUAGUUCAAAAUGAAGAGGAAAGAUUUGUUCUAUCUGGAACAAUUUAUUACCCAAACUACUAUAGCCAAUGAGAUUUGAGAUUUGCUUCAUCAUGUACACAAAUGCUUCAUUUUUUGCCACUGAUCAUUAGCAGAUCAAACAAAAUCUGUGUAAACAUGAAUUUGUAUAACAGUACAAUAUUUAAGAUUUUGACUGAAUAUCAGUUAAGAGUUGGCUUUGCUUGAACACAAGCUCCCAAAAGCCAUUAUAUGUCUUUUUGAUAUAGCUCAGUGUAUUUCGGCUGCUUUCAUUGAGAUAACGUUUCAUUAAAGCCUGUGACUUCACUGAGUGCUGAUGGAACCGGCAAAGUUAAAAAUGGAUCUCAUUACUCAAUUAUGCAAACCUGUUUUUGUGUGUGUUGAGCAUGAAUCGUAAACUGUGUAUCUGUGUAUCUGUGCGCCACUGUUUGGAGAGUUUUAGAACUCUUAGCCAAGUUUCAUAAGGCACAAUCAUCUUAGAGCUUUACAACUGCAGUAUCAUCAGGUGUUUAAAUAAUGCAGAUUUUGGGCAGAUUGCCACUACACAUAUAUGCAGCAUUAUACUGUAUGUAUAUAAUGAGUUAAAGUUCAGCAAGUCUGCAUAGUUUUGUGCAAAAUCUGUUAUUCACACAUCUUCAUUUUACUUGAUAAGCUGAAGAUAAGUGCUUUAGACUGUAAACAUAUGUAACAUGUAGCUUAUACCUUUCAUUCUUCAUAUCAGUGAAGCCUAGCAACUACAGUAUGCUCUAGAAUACAGCCAUUUCUUUUUUCUAUGAGAACAACAUUUACAAAAAAAAAUACAUAAGAUCGGAGUAGGGAGGGAAGUGAAAUUCAGCACAUUCUUUGGUUCUGAAUGAGAUGCACUUUAAUAGUACAAUAAGGAGACAAUCUAAUGACUGAGACUAAGCAUAUAAUCUUUCCAAAUGUCCAUUCAUGUCUUAAUGCUACAACAGUAAUGAAAAUGAA